AUGGAUAGGCCGAAUCGCUGGACGGCACACAAGUGGUGGCUGUUUCUGUCUGUAUGCACGGUAUUCUUAGUUGGAGUCGCUGGGUUGGUGUGCGUGCUCUUUGCAUGGUUCAGAGCCUGGGACCAUGCAGACGUCCUCUACGUUGCCAACUAUGACCUUCUGGUUCUUAUCACGCUCGCAUCUUCGCUACUUCUCUUUACCUUCAUUGUCGGCAUGACAGGCACAAUCCUCAAUUCGCGCCCCAUCCUUGCUGUGUACUCCCUCCUGCUCUGGCCCGCUUUCGUCGCCAUUCUCGCCGUCGGCUACACGUCUUACAAGCGCUACGCCUUCGCGCUCGACCGCAAGCUCAACCUCGCCUGGAGCCAGUACUACACGCCACUCGGCCGACUGACGAUCCAGGACUCGCUCUGGUGCUGCGGCUACAACAGCCCGUUGCACGAGGCGACGGCGAGCGGGCGAUGCUACGUGCGGUCAUCGCUCCCCGGGUGCAAGGGCAAGCUCCUGCGCUUCGCGCGGACGAGUCUCCGGACGAUGUGGACCGCGGCCUUCGCGCUUGUGCCGCUGCAUAUUGCGAAUAUCACUGUGUCGUUGUUGUGUACGAACCAUGUGACAAGGACGUUCGGGAAGGGGAUUAUGCCGAGGCAGUACAGGCUUAGUGGAGCGGAUGUCCAGUCGGAUGCGGAGCGGAUUCUGGGGACGAUGCAGAGCCUGGGGCCGGUCGUCCAACCGACGUCGUCCCGUGUGUCGUCGAUGGCGAGCCACCGAGAGGACAAGCAGGACCCUGCCAUGCCGGCGGAUUUUGUUCCUGCGGCGCUGCGGCCAGGUCUAGUGACUGGUUUAUCGAGACGCUACAAACACGGUUAA